GGAAGAGAGAGGGAAGGAUACCGGUGGGAUUCUACAGAUUCCAUCUUUUUUUUUUUUCUCUCCAACAUCAUGCUUGCUUCACUUAUGACCGCUCUGAUCUUCGUUGUACGUGUGGUUGGCAAGGUAAGUGCCCGUGGACCACAUAUUAACAUUUUUAUUGGAGGCUUUAACCUAAUUUACAGUCAUUCGUCAUUCACAUUCGUAAAGCCUUCUUUUGGAAUUGUUUAUCCUUGUUUAUUUACUUCUCUUUAAUGUUAAUGUCACUGGAUAAUAAUUGUUUUUGCAUAUUAGAAGUGUUUGCCUUUAUCAUGUCUAGUGUUAUAGAAAAUCACUUUUGCUGUAUAGCAUAAGAUAUGAUAUGUCCCAUAUAUCUUAUCCAUUGCUAUGCAAAUAUCUAUAGGUUUCACAUUCUAUUGUAUGAUGCAAGUGUAUGUCUCUUGUUAUUAAAUAGGACAUUCCCCAGUAACGUCACUGUCAUUUUAUCCUUAACAUACUGUGUAGUAGCAAUGAUUUUUCAGAGCAUUCUUCCUCUAGCUGUGUACUUAGUCAAGUGUAAGGAACAGGCAGAUUGUGAUGGGACUGUAGGAAAAGGAAAAUAUUACCCAUGGAGUAGGUUUGAAAGUGCAAAUGGUUUGGGGGGUGGGGGGAUCUGUGUCCCAUUCACAACUGGAGAAUUCCUUCUUUGAUAAAGGAGAGAAUACCAGAAAAUCUCCGCAGGGGAUGCCGGAUCUCAUCAUGGGUCUUUAUUAUCAGAUAUUAAUUAAAUAAAGUAAUAAUGUUUGAACCCCAAGGAUGACUUCAUUUGGUGCUGACCACUUGGACUAUCUGCUCUUGGCCUAUUUUGCCUGGAGCUAUUGAACCCUGUUUAUGAUCCUAUUGUACUUGAAAUGGUUGUAAAGUUCUUUGUUAUUGGGUGUGUAUGAGGGUGCUUAUUGUUUCUAUGUAAAAGUGAGAUACUACUGCUAUUUACCUGUUUGUAUGUUUAUCUUCUGUUAGCCAACGAGUCUUACUUAAUCCCCAAGAAAAUCAAUCCACCUGCAGUAAACGUACAAAACAGGUUCAUAAUCUUAUUCAAUCCAUAGGAUCUAGGUACAUAAAAUAUCUGAUUUGGAAACAAAAGUCCAGCUUGGCUUUUUUAGCCUCUAUUUUGCACUUUAGAUUUUAACAUCCUGCAGUUUGGGCAUUAAUAAACACACCCCUGAGAUGGCUCACCGUACCCCUCACUCCCUUCUCUACCUGGUGGUGUUCAGUUUGAUCAAUACCUAGUGACCAACAUCAGAAAUCCCACCAUCCUAUUGAACAUGAUCAAACUGAUCACGGAGAACAUUCAUAGGCACAUGAAAAGGGCUGCCCUAAAUGAACAAUUUCUAUCUAUGAUGCAGGAUACACUUUAUCUGUGUCAUAGAAUUAGAUUAGUCAUGUUUGGACAAUUCCUUUGCUUUUUACCUUGUCUACUGAAUUACUCCCAAAGUAGGUUAUUUAGGGUCUGUGGGAGUCUGCAUUAUAUUAAAUGUACCCACCAUUGCAAGAAUUACACAGUGUCACUAUUUAUUACAUGGUACCUGUAUAUUUGCUAGCCGAUAUAGCCGAGAUAUACAAUCAAUGUCCACUAUCUGUAUUAAACCUUUUAAAUACCACCUGAAACAAUUCUUGUGUUUGGGUUUUAGAGGUAAAAACAAACAAUGUUUUGUUUAGCAAACACAGACCCAUGGGACGUUUGUCCAGUCACUAACAUGACACACAAUGUAUUUCUUUGUCUUUUGACAGUUUGGCAGUUCUUUAUUUUUUCGGGAAGAGCACACGCCAUACCUAGCGUACCAGCCUCUCCCUUGGCACGUGCAGUACGUGACACAAAACAGACGAGCAAGCCGGGACCAAGAGGUACAAAUGCAGUGCGGCCAGUGUAACAUUAUCACUACAAGUGGCAUGAAUAUAUAAAGUCACCAGAUACAUCCCUUAAAGGGGAACGGCCACCUUCCCGGAUUUUUAGUAUCAUGUUUAUUUAUCCCCUUUUUUUUAACAAAUGUGUGUUUGUAAUGUCUGAAAAACUAAAUUAAAUGUAGAAAUCCACCAACAUCUGUCUUAGCUUCCUGUCAAUGAUUGUUACAAACUCUGCCCUUUUCUUUAACUGAACACAGUGCGUAGAAGUGAAGAAACAGAAAUAGCGUUUCUAUUGCUCCUCAUCAAAUGCAAUGUGUGCCUUGGCUGUGCCAGGACGGAACUGGAUUGUGAUGUCAAUUGCUUUAAUAUAUAUAUUAACAUAUAUUUAAAGUUUGUGAAGCAUCCAGUUUUCAACAUUUGUCACAGAGAAGUGUGACAAAUACAGUCCUGGUGGCAUCAGCACAGGAUAUAAUGCUUCCACUAGUCUGACGAAGGAGAUGAUGGGGGUGCAGAGUUAGUAAAUGCCCAAAAAAUUCAGGUCUUUACCACUGCUUUCUUGGUAAAUGGUACAAAGGAGAUUUUAACUACAUUGUUACAGUAGGUGCUACUGGUCAUUUGUGACAAUUUCUAUACAGUGCUCCUUUAUGACAGGUGGCCAGUCCCAUAUAAUGCUCCUGGUCAUGGGUGACCAUUCCUAUACCGUGCUCCUUUAUCACAGAUAUCCAGUCCCAUAUAGUGACCAUUCCCAUACCGUCCUCCAUUAUCACAGAUAGCCAGUCCCAUAUAGUGACCAUUCCUAUACGGUUCUCCUUUAUCCAAGAUAGCCAGUCCCAUAUAGUGACCAUUCCCAUAACGUCCUCCAUUAUCCCAGAUAGCCAGUCCCAUAUAGUGACCAUUCCUAUACCGUGCUCUUUUACCACAGGUGACCAGUCCAAUAUGUUGCACAGUCCCAUACUGUGCUCCUAUUUUCUAUCAAAUAACAAGAAAUCAACUGGGAGCUUCAAGGGGUAAAACAACUCCCAUUAACUGGGUGUGAUUGCAGAUUUCCAGGAACCGGUGCUGGAUCACCACUGGGGUUCUGACAGUCCCUACAAUAUUAAAAUCCAAACCAAAAAGAAAAUGGGAUGCAAAAAUGAUAACACCCAGAGAUCCAGGAAUGAUAGCUCUAGUUAUCGACAUAUCUUCGUUGUUCUUUCACUUGGUCCUUUUUCUAUGAGCUGCAGAUGGCAAAGCUGUGACAUAGACCCUAAAACCAACUCUCUGCCACCACCUUCUCCACUCUUCCUCAGAACGUCUUGGGAUGGAAUCAUGAGAUCUGUAUCUCCAGUGUCACAUUUACAAGAUAAAACCGCAAAGAAGUAAAAAAAAAAAAAGAUCUCUGACGUUGGAGGUACAGAUUUAUUUCCAUUCUACUUUGCUGUUUUAUCUUCUAAACACUGAUUGUACUAUGGCAUGAUGUCAUAUUCUGACAAUCACCAUCUUAGCAAGAGCACAUAAAGCUAAUGGCAAAGAGCUGACCGAUGCUGUCUCCCAUAACCAUAACAUGGUCUAUCGUGCACCACCAAAACCUGGUGUGGUGGAUGGAGGCUAUGGAACAAGUAGUAAGGCCCAAGAUACUUUUAUUCAUGAGGAUCACCUUUCCCUUGUUUCGUUACUGUUUGUUGACUAAUUUACUCCCAUUACCUCUGCUUCUCACAUCUCUUUGUUCUCCAUAUUAAAGUCCGUUUCUUUAUCUGUUCUUAGAGAAGGGGAAGUCACCAAUACACCUGCACAACAUACCCGGCCAGAGACAAGUAUGGUAAGUGUUGUGUCUGUUUGUAAUGUGCGUGCUUGUAUAUUGUCAGUGACUGUCAGGACAGGUUCUAAAAAAUGUAUUGAAAAGAAGUAAAAAGGUAAAGGGCUAGCUACAUACAUUGCAACAUAUAGUCAUCUUGUUCUCAGUAGGGAAUAUUUUCUGGAGCGGUUUACACAAGUAUAUAGAGAGCAGUGAUAAGAGUUACAUCGCUCAGGGAGACUCCUGUACGUCUUGCUUGGACAAUGAAAUGUUAGAAAUCCCAGCGACUGAUCAAAACUAGCCAUUGUUUCUUCAUAAGGCGUUUAAUUUGUAUCCCAUGUUCAUUAAAGGAAAAUUGUCUGUUUUUGAUUAAUGAAAAUAAAACGCUACAUGUAAUAUAACCUUGAUGUGUAUUAUUUUGUAAUACACACUUAUAACGUUUAUAACUUUUCUUUCCUGGUGAAUUUGCCUGUUUACCCUUGCUAGGUGGAUAUGCUUACCUUUAAGCCACAUGUAGUCGGAAGCACCACUUAACUGAUAAGGCCGUGCAUAAUUGUAAAGGAUCACUAUAGCGUCAGGAAAACAAAUUUGUUUUCCUGGCACAAUAUAACCCUUAGGUUUCCCCCUCCCUCAGAGCCCCCUUCUAUGAAGGGGUUAAAACCCCUUCAGCUACUUAUUUUAAUCCAGCGCCAGGGAGCCAGGUGCUGGUGACCUCUCCUCCCACUCCGACGUCAGUGCUCAAUGCUUUCCUAUGGACGUUUUGCACGCUAAAUGCAAUUUUCACAUCCAGCGUCGCAGAAGCGCCUCUAGCGGCUCUCAGGAAGACAGCCACUAGAGGCUGGAUUAACCCUGCAAUGUAAACAUAGUAGUUUCUCUGAAACUGCUAUGUUUACAUCUGAAGGGUUAAAACUUGGGGGACCUGGCACCCAGACCACUUCAUUGAGCUGAAAUGGUCUGGGUGACUCCCCUUAAAAGUUAAUAAAACUCACCUUAUUUCCAGCGCCAUGCGGGUCCGCCGGCACUGGCCCUGCCCUGCCCUUGCCCCAUUGGUGACAUAAUUAAAAUUAGGAUUUUUAGCCAAUCCAAUUCUUUCCCAUAGGGAAAGAAUUGGAUUGGCUAAAACUGGGAAGAUGGCGGGGUCAAACGCUGUUUUGGCCAAUCAGCACCUCCUCAUAGAGAUGCAUUGAAUCAAUGCAUCUCUAUGAGGAAAAUUCAGCAUCCCCAUGCAGAGCGUGGAGACGCUGAACGGCACUGCUGCCUGUCGUGCAGCACUGAGCCAGGAAGCACCUCCAGUGGCCAUCUGAGGAGUGGCCCCUUGGAGGUUUCCUUAAGGGCAAUAUAAACACUGCCCUCUUAAAUGGCAGUGUCUGCAUGAAAAUGGCUGAAAGGGCUGAUUAUACUCACCAGAACAACUACAUUAAGCUGUAGUUGUUCUGGUGCCUAUAGUGUUUCUUUAAAUGUACCUUUUGUAUGUAUACAGUGUCUAGGAAAUGUGCGUGAACCUUUUAGAAUUGCCUGAAUUUCUACAUAAACUGGUCAUCACUAGAUUAACAAAGUCUAUUAAAACAAAUUACAGACAGACAUUUGUUUUCAUUUCCUGACAUAGACCUAUUAAAAGAGACAUUACGAAGAUUUACUUUGGAGUUGUUGCUUGGUCAAUUGAUGUUCAUUGCCUUAUUGAAUUUUAGAAGCGCCACGAUAGCACCCCUGUAGACAUGCCUACUACCAAAUUUUUGCAUCAACAGUUAAAGGAUCACUAAAGUGUCAGAAAAACAAAUCAGUUUUCCUGACACUAUAGUACCCUAAGGGUGCCUCCACCCUCAGGGUCCCCCUCCCAUGGCGCAGAAGGGGUUAAAACCUCUUCAGUUACUCCCCUUAUUCCACCGCCAGGCUUUCUUACCUCUCCUCCCCCGCCGAUGUCAGCUCCCCCAUCUGAAGUUAGCGGAGCGGAAUGCGCAUGCGCGGCAGUGCCGCGCACGCAUUCAAAGUGUCCAUAGGAAAGCAUUUCUCAAUGCUUUCCUAUGGAUGCUCUGCGGGAUGGAGACAUAAUAUGCCUCUAGUGGCUGUCCAGAAGACAGGCACUAGAGGCUGGCUUAACCUCAAAUGUAAACUUAGCAGUUUCUCUGAAACUGCUAUGUUUAAAGCAGGCAGGGCUAACCCUACAGGGACCUGGCACCCAGACCACUUCAUUGAGCUGAAGUUGUCUGGGUGACUAUAGUUUUGCAAUUCCCUAGUGAAUUUUCUUUUUAGUUUUACAAUUUGCAAUUCCCUAGUGAAUUUUCUAGAGAUCUCAGUUUGAGAAACAUUGUUUGUGUAUAUAUAUUUCCUGCCUUAUUAUAAAUCUGAUGUUGUGGUCAAGAUAAUCAACAUUGAUGGUGUAUCCUUAAUUGUGCAUUAAACGGCUUAUGUUGGUUAUAUGAUGAAACAAUGCGACAGUCAUAUAUGAUAUUAUUUUAAUAUAUUAUCUGUGCUAGAUAAAUACUGUAUUAUAAAAUGUUUUUCCAUUACACAAGCAUAAGGAUGUAGAAUGUGUCUUCUCCACCUACAUUGCAAUGUAUCACAUAUCAUCAUGCCAAUUCCUUGUACACAGUCAUACACAACAUCUUGUGUUAUUUGUAUGGUUUACUUAUCGAGAACAAAUUAAAUUGAUCCUUAUUAAUAUUGGUAGCGCAAUGUAUGGUGCUGGCAAAGUGCUCAGCACCAGCUGCUCUCUUUAAUUUAAUGAUGUCAAUUAGAGUGGCAACAUACCAACCUUCUGUGGACUUAUCCAUAAAAAAUCAAAGUUUGUUCAUCUGUGAUGCCAUUUCAGAGACAUACUGCAUUGGAAAUACACACACGUAAAAUCUGCUCCUCUCUAAACGUCCCACACGUUUGUGCUAUAAUCCGAUUUGUGGCAGAUCUAUAUAAAUCCUUCCAUCUUAGCACAGUACUUGCUAUUAAUAGCUGGACUGGAGGACGCGUAAACACGCUGAAUUGUAUAUAAUUAUUAUUUAUUUGCCCCCGCAGGUCUGAGGAGGGCACAAAAAGACUAUUCGACACAGGAUGCAACAGAACGUGCCGCGCUAACCAUCCAAACUCAUUACCGCAAAUAUCAGCAACAUAAACAGCACCAAGCCUAGGCCACCAUGUAUUGACCAUUGAGUGAUCUCCUCACCCUACUAAUGCCAGGGCCAAUUACAGACAAAGGUGGGCAAUGGACAUAGCUAUUUCUAGUGGGCCCCUCUUUAAUACCACCUAUAUUUAGAAAUUAUUGGAUCUAAAGAUUAAUGAACUAUUGAUAAAUGAAUGAAAUAAAACCUAUCCAAGUUGUCUGCUUCUGGCUGGUCUCAGACCAUUUCUCUCUCCACCAUCUGCAAAACAAGUUUUAAUGUAGUGUGAGCCUUUUGCUGGUAAGUUCUGGGGCAAAUGCCCACACUGCCCAUUGGGUAGUAUGCUGGCAUGCAAGUACUAUUAUGUACUUAUUUAUAUAUAAAUGUCACAAGUUUGAUAAUAGCAUCUAGACCCCAGGAGUACAUGGAAGCUAAUGAAUUCCUGUCUAAUUGGAUAAUAUUACUACGUAUUACAGCUUUUAUCAUAUCACACCAGCAUGCUAAUCGUAUAUACUACUAGACAGGUGUUUGUAUUCUGUUUACCUGUAUAUGGCCUUGCCUAGCUUUCCUAUUGAACACCAGCACCAUGUAUACCUACUAUUUUCAUGUCUACAUACAGAUACCUCCUUGAUAUGUGUAUCUCAACUAAGAAACAUUAUUUUGCUUGCUGGUAACUUCCUUUAAUGUGUAUGGUGACUUAAUAAAUUGUAUCGGAUAUACAUUGUGUGGUGUGUCUGUCUGUCUGUGUGCUUGACACUUUAUGUCAUUUAUUGUGUGUAUGUUGUGUGGUUUGCAAUUAUCCACGGAAACAGCUUUACACCAUAGUAUCAAUACAGGCCUAGUGCUAGAGCUAGUGAUAUGGAAGAGAAUGGGAGAUUAAUGGAUAGAGCUACUGGUAUGGGAGAGAAUGGGCAUUGAAUGGAUUGAAGCUAUUGUAUGGAAGAGAGUUGGUGUUGAAUGGAUGGAGCUAUCAGUAUGGGAGAGAAUGGGUAUUUAAUGGAUUGAAGCUAUUGUAUGUGAGAGAGUUGGUGUUGAAUGGAUGGAGCUAUCAGUAUGGGAGAGAAUGGGUGAUUAAUGGAUUGAAGCUAUUGUAUGUGAGAGAGUUGGUGUUGAAUGGAUGAAGCUAUUGGUAUGGGAGAGAAUGGGUGAUUAUUGGAUAGAGCUACUGGUAUGAGAGAUUAAUGGAUAGAGCUACUGGUAUGGGAGAGAAUGGGCAUUGAAUGGAUUGAAGCUAUUGUAUGGAAGAGAGUUGGUGUUGAAUGGAUGGAGCUAUCAGUAUGGGAGAGAAUGGGUAUUUAAUGGAUUGAAGCUAUUGUAUGUGAGAGAGUUGGUGUUGAAUGGAUGAAGCUAUUGGUAUGGGAGAGAAUGGGUGAUUAUUGGAUAGAGCUACUGGUAUGAGAGAUUAAUGGAUAGAGCUACUGGUAUGGGAGAGAAUGGGCAUUGAAUGGAUUGAAGCUAUUGUAUGGAAGAGAGUUGGUGUUGAAUGGAUGGAGCUAUCAGUAUGGGAGAGAAUGGGUAUUUAAUGGAUUGAAGCUAUUGUAUGUGAGAGAGUUGGUGUUGAAUGGAUGAAGCUAUUGGUAUGGGAGAGAAUGGGUGAUUAUUGGAUAGAGCUACUGGUAUGAGAGAUUAAUGGAUAGGGCUAUUGGCAUGGGAGAGAAUGGGUGAUUAUUGGAUGGAGCUAGUGGUAUGGGAGAGAAUGGGCAUUGAAUGGAUUGAAGCUAUUGUGUGGAAGAGAGUUGGUGUUGAAUGGAUGAAGCUAUUGGUAUGGGAGAGAAUGGGCAUUGAAUGGAUUGAAUCUAUUGUAUGGAAGAGAGUUGGUGUUGAAUGGAUGGAGCUAUCAGUAUGGGAGAGAAUGGGUAAUUAAUGGAUUGAAGCUAUUGUAUGUGAGAGAGUUGGUGUUGAAUGGAUGGAGCUAUCAGUAUGGGAGAGAAUGGGUGAUUAAUGGAUUGAAGCUAUUGUAUGUGAGAGAGUUGGUGUUGAAUGGAUGAAGCUAUUGGUAUGGGAGAGAAUGGGUGAUUGGAUAGAGCUACUGGUAUGAGAGAUUAAUGGAUAGGGCUAUUGGCAUGGGAGAGAAUGGGUGAUUAUUGGAUGGAGCUAGUGGUAUGGGAGAGAAUGGGCAUUGAAUGGAUUGAAGCUAUUGUGUGGAAGAGAGUUGGUGUUGAAUGGAUGAAGCUAUUGGUAUGGGAGAGAAUGGGCAUUGAAUGGAUUGAAUCUAUUGUAUGGAAGAGAGUUGGUGUUGAAUGGAUGGAGCUAUCAGUAUGGGAGAGAAUGGGUAAUUAAUGGAUUGAAGCUAUUGUAUGUGAGAGAGUUGGUGUUGAAUGGAUGAAGCUAUAUCAGUAUAGGAGAGAAUGGGUGAUUAUUGGAUAGAGCUACUGGUAUGAGAGAUUAAUGGAUAGAGCUACUGGUAUGGAAGAGAGUUGGUGUUGAAUGGAUGAAGCUAUUGGUAUGGGAGAGAGUUGGUGUUGAAUGGAUGGAGCUAUCAGUAUGGGAGAGAAUGGGCAUUGAAUGGAUGAAGCUAUUGGUAUGGGAGAGAGUUGGUGUUGAAUGGAUGGAGCUAUCAGUUUAAUGGAUAGGGCUAUUGGUAUGGGAAAGAAUGGGUGAUUAUUGGAUGGAGCUAGUGGAAUGGGCAUUGAAUGGAUUGAAGCUAUUGUAUGGAAGAGAGUUGGUGUUGAAUGGAUGAAGCUAUUGGUAUGGAAGAGAGUUGGUGUUGAAUGGAUGAAGCUAUUGGUAUGGAAGAGAGUUGGUGUUGAAUGGAUUGAAGCUAUUGGUAUGGAAGAGAGUUGGUGUUGAAUGGAUUGAAGCUAUUGUAUGGAAGAGAGUUGGUGUUGAAUUGAUGAAACUAUUGGUAUGGAGGAGAGUUGGUGUUGAAUGGAUGGAGUUACUGACAUGGGAGAGAAUGGGCGAUGGAGAAAUAAUUUCAACAAGGACCAAACUGAUCUAAAAUGUGUCAUUAAAGGGCCAGAUUCUAAAAUGUUAGUCCACCUGCCUGUAAAAUAAAAUAGCAUGCGAGGUAACCCGAAACCCUUAAAAAACAAAACAAAACAAAAAAAACAGCAGAGAGGAGGGAGUAGUUACACUUCCCCAUCAACUGGUAGACCAAGAAAUGAAUGCUUCUGAACCUGGACACAUCCUUGGCAGUGUAAUUGGGGAUGAAUUUGGCACAAAAUGCCAAGGGAAUAGGAAAGAGAGACACUGUUAGCAAUCUACUUUGAGCAGGGAGAUGUAGCACCUGUCUUUAAUUAUUUAAUUGCAAUGUUAAAUGCCUUUUGUGUCCUGAUGAAAGCUCCGAUCGGGAGCUGAAACGUUGACUUUGUUUGAAUUGACCAACAAUAAAUUGGAUGAAC